CUUGUAUAAAGCCGAGAGUGAACAUGUGCGGCCACAUUCACGAGCAACAACACAAACUGUUGUGCUCACCUCUCAGGGCGCUCACUGACACUUUGAUGCAGAGGACGGGCACUUGUUAAUAUUUGUUUCCUAACUUUUCUUACUCUUGGAUUAUUCCUCUUUUUUUUUUUUAAACGUCUUUCAACCAGUGGAACGGAUAUUUACAUUUUACUUUCCGUGUUGUCUGUUUUGCACUCCUGGAUUUUAAGCACAGCGUUCUCUGCGCCCGCUGAAGCGUCACCCACCGUCAGCCAAACUCGCCAUGUGCGCAAGAAGCGCUGCUCGUGCGCUACUUUCAUGGACAAGGAGUGCGUCUAUUUCUGCCAUUUGGACAUCAUAUGGGUCAACACUCCUGAGCGCAUAGUCUCUUAUGGCUUGGGCAAUGCCCCCAGGAAGAGACGUUCAGUCCAGGUCGCCCCGGCAACGGAGAGCAGUCGCUCCAGGUGCCAGUGCCUGCAUCGGGGAGACCUCACCUGCGCUCACUUUUGCCAGAGGCUGGACAACACCAACCUCAGGGAUGAGACAUCAGCAAAGACUGAGAUCCACUCUGCUGAGAGCCCUGAGCUGGCGACUGACAGCAGCAUGACGAAGAGGAUGAACAUUCAAAGAAGGGUGACGCCUCCUUGGCUCAGAGCCGCGACCAAAGCGCAGCAGCUUCUGCAGACCUGGACGCGGAGCCACCGGGCGAGAACGCGGCAGGCUGAGCGGACGACCGCCUAAAGAUGACCCGUUCUACUUUCAAGCCAGAAGAGGAAGCCGAAAAGCUUUCGUAACCUUCACCAUAGCGCGGAGUACCUCAGGGACGGGAUAUGGAGCCCUUCCAAGGCCGACGACCACCUUAACGUUGGCGACGUGAGCGCCUACAUCUUGAUUGCAUCCCAAGCAGAGCGGGGAAAUAGAGACAAGGAGCCGAGAUCGCAAAAGAUAAGCUGAAGACAAGAACUUUUUUUUUUUUUUUUUUUUACAUCAUCA